UUUGAAUGAAGCAAGUGUAUUGAUGCUAGAAAACUUCAAUGAAUCUAUGUGCAAACAAAAAAUGUAUAAAAAUGAAACGCCGCGGUAUUUUUGCCUAGUUGAGUUCAAUCUUCCAAGAUGAGCAAAUUAGCGUGUAUGCUGGUUUUAGCUGUGACCUUUCGUCUCGUUGAUGGAUCAUGCGAAGUGAACAUAAACGAUUUAGCUGAUCCAGAGCCGGUGUUCCUAAAAAGCAACAAUGAGUUGUGGGCACCAGUAAAUGGUACGCUACAAUGGUCGGAAACUGAUCGAACUCUUAUAGCAUGUCCGGGUAGCACUAUUGACGGAACAAACUUGGAAGUCGCAUCAAUUGAAUGCGUCUGCGGUACGACCUUUCGAAUUCAAGGAUCCACCAUUGACAUCAGACGUGUGGUGUGUCAGAGAAGAACUGAUAGCAUUGUGUGGAGGAAAACAGCACCCCAGAAUUGUGCGGUAGAUGGUACACUGUUCAAUAUUGGAUUCGACAUACCCACCGUCGGUAAAAUUCCCUUGAUUGAAGUAUGUUACGAUAUGCGUUUGGCCGCACCGAUCUAUUCUCAUCACGAAAUUCGAGGAACAGCAAUAGGAUCCAAGAUUAAAUCCUUUACACGUCCAAGAUCAUUCAAAUCGGACAUGACUCCUCCCGAGGUUGAUCCAUCGAACCUGUUCACCAUAAGGUCAUCUUUUGCAACGUUGACGAAUUUACUUGGAAGUGAAACUCAAGCGAAAAAAUUCAUGCCACAUAAUUCUAGCCGUUUACGUCUCUCAAGAGGUCACCUCGCUCCAGAUGCUGAUGGGAUCUUUCGAUCGUGGCGCCUAGCCACGUAUUACUACUUGAACGUUGUUCCACAGUGGCAGAUAUGCAAUGCCGAGAAUUGGGAACGCGUUGAGAGUAUAGCUCGAAAAAUGGCCAAAAAUAUGCAAGAGGAUUUAAUGAUUUACACCGGAUCUUCAGGAGUAUUGAAUUUACCCGAUUCGAAGAAGAAAUUGAUUCCAUUUUACCUCACUACUGUGAAAGAAAGUGAAGGCACUGUUAGUAAAAUACCUGUUCCAUCUCUGAUGUGGAAGGUAUUGAAAUCACGGAAACAGAACGCUGCAAUUGCAUUUGUGCAGCACAAUAAUCCAUUCCUGGAUGAGGCAACUAUUUCGGAUAGAUUAUGUGACGAUUCCACACAUUGUGCUCAGUAUGGUUUUGUGAAUGGGCAGUUUAAAAACGUUACACGUGGCUACACUUAUUGCUGUACGGUUGAUGAAUUGAGCUCAAAAUUACCUAGUUUGAUUCCUUCGGAAGCUAGAGCAGCUAAGGUUCUUUGCGGUCCAAAAUGAUUGCCAAAUUAGGUUGUAAAAAAUGUGGAAGUGAGCCCUGAGGAAUUUGUGCACGAU